GCUUGAGUUACAUCUUAUUCAGUUGUUUUCUGCUGCUUUAAGCGGAGGCAAUGGGUGACGAGUGGGGUUCCGGAGGCGGCGGCUUCGGUAGCAGCGGAAAAGACAGUUGUUUUGGAGGAACCGAUGGCGGUUUCGGAGGUGAUGGUGGCUUCGGGAGCGGAGGACGUGGAAGAGGUCCCGGCCGUGGAGGUAGCCGUGGCGGUUGUCGAGGUGGCGACUCCAAUGGAUUCGGCGGUGGCGGUGGAAGCUUCGGCGGUGGCAGUAGCUCAGGUGGAUUUGGUGGUGGUGGCAGCAGCUAUUCUGGUGGUGACAAUAUUGUCCAGGUUCCGUCAGGUGAUGUUCGCAAGAUCAUUGGCAAGGGCGGUAGUAAGAUCAAGGAAAUCCAGGAUACUAGCGGUGCCCACGUUAAUAUCAAGAAAGACUCGGCUGGUGAAAUGACGGAUGUUGAGGUCGAAGGUGCUGAUGACCAGGUUGCUAAGCCGAAGGAACUCAUCCCGGCCUGCAUUGCUGGAUGUGGUGGCGGUGGAAGCUAUGCUGACCCAAUCAUCAUGAAAGUCCCUGCCGGUGAUGUAAGAAAGCUCAUCGGUCGCGGCGGUAGCAUGAUUCGUGAGCUGCAAGAUAACAGUGGUGCUCGAAUCAACAUCCAAAAGGACGCUGAUGGUGAUACCGUUGAGGUUGAGCUGAAGGGAUCGACUGACUCCACUGCCAAGGCAAAGGAGGCCAUCCAGCAAGUUCUUGCUGGAACUUACAAGAACACUGUUGGUGACAGUGGCGGCUUUGGUGGUGCAAGUUCCUUUGUAGCAGGUACCGGCAGUUCUUUUGGAGCAGGAACCGGUAGUGGAUUUGUUGGUGGAUCAGGUGAGGGCGGCGGUGCAUCCGCGUCUCUGGAUGUUCCAUGUGACAGAGUUACCAGGAUUAUCGGAAAGGGAGGCUCACGUAUUCAGGAGAUCCAAGAGGAGAGUGGUGCCCACAUCAACAUUGACAAGGACAGCGAAGGCGCAACUACCAAAGUCACGUUGGAAGAAUAUGACGAUGCGUGCCAAAAAGCCAAGGCCACUAUUAUGUCCAUCAUUGGAGAUUCGGACCACCCCGCGGCGUCUGUGACUUAUCCCCCUCCUCCGCCUGACGGCGAAGAAGAGAUUUUCAGGAAGAUUGCAACCGGUAUCAACUUUGAUAAAUACGACCACAUUGCUGUCAAGUUCACUGGAGAGAAUCCAAAUGAACCAAUUAACUUGUUCACUGAGUCCGGUCUGAACCAGAUGCUGAUGGACAACUUGAACAAGGCCAACUACGAACGCCCCACACCAGCAAAGUAUGCAAUCCCUGCUGGCAUCCAGGGUCGUGACUUGAUGGCAUGUGCCCAGACUGGUUCAGGAAAGACCGCUGCUAACAUGCUGCCUGCUAUGCAGAACAUGCUAAGUGAGGGCUUUGCGAUCGCCAUCACUCACAAUAAGACUGUUGCAAAGUUCAUCGUUCCCAAGCGCUUAAAAAUUAAUAAUGGUCCUUGGUUUCUCACUCAAUUUCAUCGUACUGUUGUACGACAUGCUAUACGACAUCCUAAAGCGUGA